GCAGCUGAUUGGCUGAGGUGGAACCUGAUCUGUCUGCCGUUUAUUUGGGUGGUGUCCCCCAGCUGACUCAGGACGUGUGUGGGAUUGGACACGUGGCCAUUACUGGGAAGGACACGUGUUCCUAAGCUGAGGUAGCACGAGGAGGCGGAGAGACACGUGUCAGGCUGUCAGGGAAGGACAGAGAAGAGGGGGAGCGACACGUGGCCAGCUGUUGUGUCUGUACCUGGUCUACUCUUUCCUCUUUUAGCAGCGCCUGCCCGAAUAUUGCACAGAGGGAGGCGGUUUUGAAUAAUUGGUUUUUGACAUUUUGUUCGUCUCGUUGUUGUCUGAAGACUAUUUAUUUCCUCUUGCUAUCUGUUUUCUACUCGUCAGCACUUCUUAACCAUUUGAUCGGAUUUUUUUUUUUUUUGUUCAAUCGAGAAGUACGUGUCUGAAAACUGCGCGCCAUUUGGUUAUCUCAUAAUUUUUUUUUUUAAAUCUCUCCGUCGUCUUCUGAUUAUUACUUUCCCGAUUUGGGAAAUGAAUAUGUCAAUUGCAUUCGUACAACUAAUCAAGGUGUAUUAUUGACAUAAUUUAUUGUCAUCUUUUGCCCCCCUUUUCUUCCUUCCUCCCCCUCCCCCCCGCCUUUCCCUUCCCUUCCUCCUAUUAUGCGGUUGAUUCUGUAUCUUACUCAUUAUUCAAAAUAAGUAAUAAUUCCACCUUAUUUUAUUCUAUAUCUAUAUUACUUCAUUCUCAGUUAGUCAUUUCUGUUCUUUUCCAUCCACGUCCAUUCAUCCAUCCAUCCAUCACUCAAUCAAUUGAUUGCUUCUCUUCCUAUCAAUCCAUUCCAAUCAAUCAAUCAAUCAAUCCACUCCAAUCAAUCAAUCAAUCAAUCAAUCAAUCAAUCAAUCAGGUGUUAGGUGAGAGUCAUCAUGAUUCUUUCGGACGAUCGCGACCGUCUUCGGACGCCUCGGGAUCUGGACAGACUGCAAGCGCUGUCAUCCUCUGGCAGAGAGACAAGUGGUGGGCAGCCGCGCUGUAGAAGUUCAUCUCCUUCCUCCUCUACCACGUUGAAGAUGUGUACGGACGAAAGUGAGGAGUACUCGAUCGAACGACGGUCGAGAUCUCCUCCCGCCUGUUUAUCCCCUUCGAGAUUCGAAUCAGACCCUGUCAGAUUCGAUUCCGAUCCUGUCAGAUACGAUCCUUACGCUGUUCGAUUCGACCCGCUUCCUGUCUGUAGUAGUGGCCACUCCUCCCCUCCCGUUACGUUGAAUCUGAUGAUUCCUUCGUGGAGGCAAUCAACGGCUGUGACGACGACGACGACGCACCCUACGCCCACGGCGAGCAAACCUCAGGCAUUGCGACCUCAAGCACCAUCGGGACCGGGACUUCAGACGGCUGCGCUGUCAUUCAGAUCAGGCGACGAUUCGAUGGAUGACAGUUCGGCGGAGCGGCCCGCGACUCCGAGCGGAGGCGCUGGAGGAUUAGGUGGUUUGCGCGGCAUUGACAUGAAUCAGGUUCCGUGCAUUCCGCCGGAAGAAGAGGCGGAACUGCGCGGAGAGCAAGCGGAUUCCGCGCGGCUUCAUGCGCAUCCCUCGCUGCUUGUCAAGCGCGAGCGCGAGCCCAGUCCCCCCAGACCGUCUGGCGUCUCCGCCGGUAACGGUAACAGUGAUGAGGAGGAGGGCACUACCACGCGCAAGAAACUAAGGCUGACCCGGGAGCAGUCACAGCUACUCGAGCAAAGCUUCAAAGAACAUACCACGUUGAAUCCGAAGCAAAAGAACGCCCUUGCCAGACAACUGAAUCUUCGGCCGCGACAGGUCGAGGUCUGGUUCCAAAAUCGGCGCGCAAGGACGAAGCUUAAGCAGACAGAAGUCGAUUUUGAGGUUUUGAAGAGAUUCUGCGAGACUUUAAAAGAGGAAAACCGCAAGCUGCACAAGGAGCUGCAAGACCUGAAGUCGGCCAUAAAGGUGGUUCCCCCCUGUAUCAUUUCUCAGGAUUUGUGCAUGCCGCUCACAGCAGCUACGCUAGCCAUGUGUCCAUCGUGCGAGAGAAUCACGAGCCUAGAUAGCAGUAGCAAUGGAAGGAAUGCAUCUGGUCUGGGAACAGGACUAAGUACAGGCUUAGGAUUUCCGAAGGCGGAGUUGGCAUUCCUAAAACCCACAAUACCAGGGUUCUCCCAUUUCGCACAUCCACCGGCAGCGUGCAGUUAGCGAGGGAGAGGGAGUGAGGGAGGGGAGUGAGGUGAGUGAGGGGAGAGAGGGGAGUGAGGGUGAGGGUGAGGGUGGGGGUGGGGGUGCAUACUCACAGUUAGUCUAGCACUUUUUUUACAUGUUUCUGGACGGAAUUGCGGCCAGAUGCAUGCGGAUUCGGCCGGAAAAGCGGGUGUGAUACAUGGUAGGUAGUGCUAGUGCGAGUAGCCCAUGACUGACGGGAGUGUGUGAGAGAGGCAGAGAAUGAGUCGGUCCAGGGGGGAGGGAGGGAGGGAGGGAGGGAGGAGGAGGAGGAGGCGGCUGUACUCAGACGAGGACUUUUUUUUUUUUUUUUCCCUUCAAUCGAAUGGAUUGGGCCGGAAUUGCCGGCUAGAUACAUCGCAACAAGUCCUGGUUUGAGUAUGUUCGGAGAUUCAGAGAAGAUUUUCGAUAAUUCUUCUCCCUCCAAGAGAGAGAGAGAGAGAGAGAGAGAGAGAGAGAGAGGAGGGUUAUGUCAACUAGGAAGGGAGGAAUAGGAACUACACCGUCGCACUGAACAGUGAGUGGGAAGAGGACGUUUGCUAGCGGAAUGGAGAUUUUCUCAGGUGGAAUAGGGGAGAAAACUCUUCUGUCUCUCUCUCUCUCUCUCUCUCUCUCUCUCUCUCUCUCUCUCUCUGUGCGUGUCCGUACCUCUUUGUCUGUCUAUGUCGCAUAGCUGACGGUGUCUUAUUUUCUCUGCUUAGGUAGCAUCCAUCGAUGCUGCUACGUACGACGGGUACAGUGCUUUUCGAUGAGAAGGCGAAGAUCUACACCUGUGUGUGCCAUGGUGGAGGGCCUCUUCUGAAUGACACGUGGCCAUGUUGGAGGGCCUCUUCUGAAUGACACGUGGCCUCCUCUAAAAAUGACACGUGGCCAUGUUGGAGGGCCUCUUCUGAAUGNGGAGGGCCUCUUCUGAAUGACACGUGGCCUCCUCUAAAAAUGACACGUGGCCAUGUUGGAGGGCCUCUUCUGAAUGACACGUGGCCUCCUCUAAAUGACACGUGGCCUCUUCUGAUUGACACGUGGCCUCUUUUGAAUGGCAGGCAGUGCCAGCUGUUCAGCAUUCAGUGCUUCACUUCAUCCCUUUCGCUAUGACAGUGGUGGUUAUCGGUUGGCAAGGCCGUUUUAUCGGUCUGACAAGACACAGAGAGAGAGAGAGAGAGAGAGAGAGAGAGAGAGAGAGAGAGAGAAGGCAAGGUAAUAGGUGAUAAACAGAUUUUAAAUUUGAUUGAAAUGAUGAGAAUGCGAUUAGAAAUCGUGUGUUGGUUUUUUUGCUUCGCCCCACCUACCACCUAUCCGCGAUUGGACCGUUGUCACAUCGAUGAAAGUUCUCGGUCAAUACUGUGAAGGUUUACGAGAAGUAGAUGUAGAUGUGAGGAAGGACGCGGCUCGGUCGGCUUGGAUGGUGUCAAUCUGAGAACUUAAAGGAGCACUCGGCGUUUUGUAAAAUUAGUCUAAGAAAGAAUCGUUUUCGAACUGCAAUUGGUGAAAUUAGACAUUUAAAAGAGAGAGAGAGAGAGAGAGAGAGAGAGAGAGAGAGAGAGAGAGAGAGAGAGAGAGAGAGAGAGAGAGAGCGGAUGUGGAUUUGUCAUCUGCGUUAGAGAGAGAGAGAGAGAGAGCGGAUGUGGAUUUGUCAUCUGCGUUUUCCUAAGGCUUAGACCCCCUCUGGUUUUUGUAGAGGAACUCGCGCAUUCGAUCGAAGAAAGACGACGGAAUACGCAGAAGGAGGGGUAAUUACUGCACAGAGACUGACAAACAGGCAGGGAACAAUGCGUGUGUGUGUGUGUGUGUGUGUGUGUGGAGAGAGAGAGAGAGAGAGAGGGAGAUGUACAGGGACGACAACGAGUGUGCAAUAAUUUC